AUGGCUCCUGGUAUCAAUAUUGCCACUUGCGCUCCGAGAGUACGAGCAGAGUGCCUAGAUCGGAACGUACGGUCCAGAUCUCACGGCCUGCCUAGCAUCUCCCAGCCGGUUCCUGCCAAAUCCAGCCAAUCGUUAUCCCUGAAGAACGCCGCCGCUCGGGCACAGUCUCCCAUUCCCGCUCUUUCCUCGCGACGCCUAGAUCAGGACCAAUCAGACGCCACUACGUUGUCUUCCGUCCGAGCUGCGUCGGCGCUGCAAUCACUCGACGCGCCGCUCGCCGAGACGCCAGAUGCGCUGCCGCCAGAAGUGCCGUACACUGUAGUUAUGAAGUUCGGCGGCUCGUCGGUGGCGAACGCGGCGCGCAUGAAGGAGGUGGCGGAUUUGAUCCAGUCCUUUCCUGAGGAGAAUCCGAUCAUCGUCAUGUCCGCCAUGGGGAAAACGACGAACAACCUGAUCAAGGUCGGCGAGAGGGCGCUGACGUGCGGGUCCGCCAAGUGCGCGGCGAUCGACGAGCUGCGAGUAAUCAGAGAGCUCCACGUGUCCACCAUGGAGGAGCUCGGCGUGGAAUGCGCUGAGGUGCACGAACUGAUGCACGAGCUGCAGCAGCUAGUAACGGGGAUAGCGCUGAUGCGCGAGCUGACUCCGCGGUCCUCGGAUUACCUCGUGUCGUUCGGCGAGCGCUGCUCCACGCGCAUCUUCGCCGCCUACCUAAACUCUCUGGGAGUGCCGUCCAAGCAGUUCGACGCGUUCCAGAUGGGAGUGAUAACCACGGACGAGUUCACCAACGCGGACGUGCUGGACGAGACCUCUAUUGCUGCUGCGUCACUCCCAAUGUGCCCUCUCGUACACCCUUCCCCCUCUCCUUCCUCCCGCUUCCCCGCCUCCCCCCCCGCCCGCCCUUUCGACGCGUUCCAAAUGGGAGUGAUAACGACGGACGAGUUCACCAACGCGGACGUGCUGGACGAGACCUACCCCGCCUGUGCUGUGAAAUCCACCCUCCCUCCCCUCCCCUCAUCCCCCCCCCACAACCCCCCAUCCCUGCACCCCAUUCCCCAGUUCGACGCGUUCCAGAUGGGAGUGAUCACAACGGACGAGUUCACCAACGCGGACUUCGACGCAUUCCACAUGGGAGUGAUCACGACGGACGAGUUCACCAACGCGGACGUGCUGGACGAGACCUACCCCACCGUGGCCAACUCCCUCCUCUCCGCCUACCAUGCUCACCGGGAAAGCGCUGCUGCCAGUGGAGAUGACAGCAGCAGCAGGGCGUUCAUCCCGGUGGUCACAGGCUUUCUGGGCAGGGGCAAGAAGACGGGUGCGACGACCACGCUGGGCCGUGGAGGCAGCGACCUGACGGCGACCAUCAUAGGGCGAGCGCUGGGGCUGCGGGAGGUGCAAGUGUGGAAGGACGUGGAUGGCGUGCUCACCUGCGACCCCAACCUCCACCGCUCCGCUGUGGCUGUGCCCUUCCUCACCUUCGAGGAAGCUUCCGAGCUGGCGUACUUUGGAGCGCAGGUGCUGCAUCCGCAGAGCAUGCGGCCGGCGCGGGAGGGGAAUAUUCCAGUCAGGGUGAAGAACUCGUAUAAUCGCAGCGCUCCCGGGACGUUGAUUACCCAAGAGAGGGAUUUAUCGUCGGCGCUGCUGACCAGCAUUGUGGUGAAGCGUGGGGUCACGCUGCUGGAUCUGGUCAGCCUGAGGAUGCUCGGGCAGUUUGGGUUCCUCGCAAAAGUUUUCGCGAUUUUUGAGGCGCAGGGGAUUUCGGUCGAUGUGGUGGCGACGAGUGAGGUGAGCCUGUCGCUCACACUGGACCCCGCGAAGCUGUGGUCUCGGGAGUUGAUUCAGCAGGAGCUGGAUAAGAUGGUGGAGGAGCUUGAGCAGGUGGCGGUGGUCAAGUUAUUGCAGCGGCGGUCGAUUAUCAGCUUGAUUGGGAACGUGUCCCGGUCGUCAGUGAUUCUGGAGAAGGUGUUUGGCGUGUUCAGACGAAACGGGACCAACGUGCAGAUGAUCUCGCAGGGAGCUUCCAAGGUCGGUGCAGCAGCAGCAGUGGUGGGAACAGCAGAGAGGGGAGAGAUUCCAUUCCAAUCAGCCCCGUCCCCCUUGCUGCACGCGCAGCCCCUUCCGCCCUCUCCGCCGUUGCGCCUGCUAGUCCACGAUCUCUGCGGAAGCCACGCCCGAAUGGUAGCAACAGCAGCAUCCACAGUGGAGACGGAGAGGGAACGGGUGUCUGUGCCAGUGGUGGCCACCCGCAUACUAGUGUCAGGAGCAGCAACCACAGCGCAGGCGGAGACAGAAGAGGUGCCAGUGCCGGCCAGCCGCGCACCAGUGGUGGCAGCAGCAGCAAGCACAGCGCAGACAGAGGAGGUGCCCGUGCCGGUGGUGGUGAUAGACAACCACUCGGAGGCCAAUGCCACCAUUGUGCAGCUAGAGUUUGGUGACCGGCUGGGGGCGCUUAUGGACACGAUGGCGGCACUGCGCAGUCUGGGGCUGAACGUGGUGAAGGGACGCGUGACUACAGCAGGCACCGUUGCUCGGAACACGUUCACCAUCACGCAGGAGGGAGGCAAGGUGGAGAGUGCGGAGAUGAUAGAGGCCAUUCGAGGCACCAUCAUCGCCAACCUCCUCAAGUACCACCCCGAGUCAGGCACGCAGCUAGCCAUGGGCCUCACAUGCGACUCGCCUCCCUGCAAUUCGAGUGUGCCAACACGCAUGGCGAUCACGGCCCUCCCGGACAACACAGGCAGCGAGUUGAGGGUGGAGGCGGCGGACCGGCCGGGGCUGCUGAUGGAAAUCGUGGAUGUGCUGACAGGGAUGUCCGUCAGUGUGACGUCAGCAGAGAUCGACACCGAGGGCGUGGUGGCGAAGGAUGUGUUCACUGUGUCGUACCAUGGGGGGCCACUGGAUGAUGAGAUGACCACGCUCACACUCAACGCCCUCAACUACACUCUCUCGCGGCCAGACAUCGAAGCAGAGGAGAGCUAUUAG